AAAAAAAAAACUUGCAAUUGCAUUUUCCCAUUGAAGCAAUCACAGAUCUGGAGAGAUGGCUUAUGUUGCUUUAACUUCUCUAAAGACAACAAUUGAGCUUCAGUUUCUGCAACCCACCCCAAGAGUUUCUUUUCGUGAUGAUCAAACACCACCCAUCAAAUCUUUCUAUCAAAACCUUUCUUAUUUGCAGGCCUUUCUGGAAAACAAAUCCAGUGCCAGUGCUGCAGCAAUCAAAUAUUUUGAAACCAUAUUAAGAGACUUUGCACUCAAAGUUGAAGAUGACAUCGAAAUGCAAGUGAGCAACUUUGUUGUGGCUAAGGCCAAAGCCAAAGACGACGACGCAGUGCAUAAAGAAGCAGCUUGCCAACAACUGUGUCAAAUCUUGCAACAAGCACAAGAAAAGACUGCAGUUGUGGUGGAGAUUAUCAGGAAUUAUUGUUUAACUUAUCUCAAGAUAAUAAUAGAUCAUCAUAUGAAGUCGUGUAUACAAUCCAAGGCGAGGAGGGUGGUUUAUGAUCAAAUUCAAACCCUAUUCAAAUCUGUCAUUAUUAUUCGUGGUCUUGCUGCAAGCAGAAUAGAUGACAUCAACUUACAACUCAGCAGUUUUCUUCUGGCCACAGACACAAUACAUGAAGAAGAAGCUUUCCAGGAAUUGUGUCAAACCUUGCAACAAGCGCAAGAACAGAGGGUGGAGAUCACCAACGAAGAAAAGGAGAGACAGAUGACUCUUGAAUGUUGUUAUGAUUUACUUAAUCUCUUGAAAAGAUUGGAUUAUGAUUAUCUUGGGUCGUCUUCGACCACACCCAGGGCAUGGGUGCCUGACAACGUUCAAACACUAGAAUCUCUCUAUCAAAAUUUCUUUGCUUUGCAAGAUUUUGUACUGAAUUCCAAGUUUGGUGGAUCCAGAGCUGAAAUCCAAAUCAGACACUUUGUACUCAAAGCUAAACAAGACAUCGAAAAACAAUUUGGAAACUUUUGUGUGGCCAAAGAAGAGCACCCCCUGCCAAAAGAAGCUUCAGAACAAAUCUUUCAAACCUUGCAUCAAAUAACAGAAAACGCAGCACAGCUGUUGAGCACUAUCCACAACACAAGAAGCAAAGAAGCUGCUGAUGAUGAUGUGGACAAUGAUACUCAGUCUGUGUGCUAUCCAAAACUUGAGGAGGGCAGAAUGAUCGGUCGUCAAAAUGACAUUAGUAUGAUAAAGAAUCGACUCUUCAGUCGCUUUCAAGGUCUGGAAGUAAUCCCAAUUAUUGGGAUGCCUGGCAUAGGAAAAACUACUUUAGCAAGAAAAAUCUUGGAAGAUCAAUGUGUUGCAUUGCAUUUCGAGGUACGAGGAUGGGUUACAAUGACUCAAAAUUACAAUGAGAGCAAAGUGCUACACGACCUUCUCCAGUCAAUUUCACCAAAUCAUGAAAUUAAAAAGGAAGCCUCUCUUCGGGAGCAGGUUCAUGAAUGCUUGAAGGAAAAGCGGUAUCUAAUUGUUUUAGAUGACAUAUGGAGCACUCAGCAUUGGGAUGAAUUAGAAGACUUAUUUUGCAAUUUCCCAGUGAAUGGAAGUUGCAUAUUGCUGACCACUAGAUUCUAUGGAGUGGCUGAUCAUGCCUGCACAAUCAAAGGUACAUAUCAUGUUAUGAGUUUACUAGAUCCAAAUGAAAGUUGGGAUCUAUUCUGUACUAUCUUUCCUCUUCAAAGGUAUAGGGCACCAAGUUUUGGAAAAUUCAGGAGUCACUUAUUCCAUGUUGUGAAAAUAUGUGAAGGAUUGCCAUUGUCAAUUGUUGUAGUUGCGAAGCGCUUAUUUGAAUGCAAAAACAACAUACAACAUGAAUUGAAAAAGAUUGAAAAGGAAAUAGAAUUGUUGGGAAUUCUAGAUUAUAGUGCGCUCAUUCCCAUGUACAAUCAGUUGCCAGAAUAUUUGAAAGGUUGUUUUCUAUAUCUUGGAGUCUUUCCAAAGCGCAGUGAGAUCCAAGUUAAAAUACUUCUUAGGUUAUGGAUUGCUGAAGGAUUUGUGAAACCAUCAAAGAAUAAGGAGUUAGAAAGGAUUGCUUAUUGUUACUUAAAGGACCUCAUUGAUACAAGUCUUGUGUUAAUCAGCAAACAAACUUUUUAUGGCAAAAAUAAGACUUGUAGGGUGCACAGUGUCAUGCAUAACAUCUGUUUUAGAGAGGCUCAGAAAGAGGGAAUUUUAUGUGCAGUAAAUAGUCGGAAACUUCCAACACCGUCAUUAAAUUCAUUUGCAAAUUCAUGCCGUUGGUUAAGUUUAUGCAAACAUAGGUUUGACUAUUAUGUGUUGUUUAGUUCAAACAUCCCUCGCUCCAUUUUCUUCUUUCAAGAAAACAGUGAAAUUUUUGUAUCCUUCAAGCUGUUAAGAGUUUUGGCAUUUGUUGAAUCUUCAUUCCUCCAAAGAUUCCCAAAGCAAUUAGGGGAUUUGAUAUUUUUAAGAUAUUUAUCGGUAACACAGUGGUUUGAGGGUCUCAGUGAUGUUGUGUCAAGUAAUGUGAAUUUGCAGACACUUAUUGUUUCCGGUAUUGACAGUGAAUCACAACUUGGAGCACCUACUCUCCAUUUGCCGUCAACAAUUUGGGAGUCACCACAGUUAAGACAUCUUAAACUUGGCACUUCCUAUGCUGUCAAUCCUCCAAGCAUGGUAAAAGAGAAUUUGCAAACAUUAUCUUGGGUGGAUCCAACUCAUUGUAGAAUUAGAGUGUAUUCCAAUUUUCCAAACAUAAAAAUACUGAAAAUUUUCUAUAAAGUAGACUUAGAGGCCAGCCAGAUUAGUGGAUCUUCCAGCAAUUGCUUCAGUUUGGAUAAGUUAGACUAUUUAGGACAACUUAAGAGUCUAACGAUUUCAGUUUCAGUUGGCUGCAUUGUAACGCUUCCUGAUAGGUGUAUUUUUCCUUUACAACUGAAGAAGUUGAAGUUGAGUGGUACUAAUCUUUCUGGGAGGGAUUUAACAAUAAUUGGGACGCUGCAAUGGCUUGAGGUACUAAAGCUGGAAAAUGCGUUCCAUGAAAAAGUAUGGGAAGUAGCUGAAGGAGGAUUCUAUAGAUUAAGAUUGUUGGUCCUUAAAGAUAAAAAGCUUGAAAGGUUGGAGGCUUACACGGAUUCUUUCCCAUGUCUUGAGCACCUAGUCCUAAGAUGUUGUGAGUGUUUGGAAGAGAUAUGUAGCAGUUUUGGAGAAAUUUUCUGCUUCAAGUCAAUUGAAAUGGAUAGGUUUAGCCACUGCCCUUCCAUUGUUGCUUCUGCUAGGGAUAUUCAAGAGAAGCUAAAGAAGAAUUUUGGAAAAGAAAAUUUUGAGAUUAAAAUCCAAGGGCAGGAGCAGGGGCCUGAAUAUAUAGAAGACGUUGAAAAGGCAAAUUCUAAGAUAAAAAUGGAGGAGGAGGGUGAAUCAUCAGCAGGGGCAGGGGGGCAGAUUGUAGAGGAAGAAAUUGGAGUUGGGAAAUUGAAGUCUUACAUCCACGAAUUAAAGAAAAAGAGAUCGAGAAAUCUGUUAAAGAUGAGCAAGCCCCUAAACUGGCUCUUCCAAGCAGAUUUGAGAAGAGCAACAUUAGAUAAGGGCAAUAUUAAGUUCAGCAUAUCUGGUAUCAACAUCAUACCAUUCUGGUGUUUCAGUCCAGUUGGAGGCCAUUCUCUGUUCUGUUGUUGGACAUAAUAAAAAGAUGCAGCAAUCAACGUAUAUAUAUGGUUUUGUCAAUGUUGCAUUUUCAAGGCUUUUAUAUAUAGCUCAGGUUCAGGUAUUUAUUAUUUUCACUAUAGGUGAGUGGUCACGAUCUGUUGUUAUAACAUAUGGUUUCAUAUUCACUUGCAUAUACUAUUUAAGGGAGAACAUAAUGAGUUCAUACGUCAUACAGUAAUUGUUUGGUCUUUUUCUUGUGUCUCAUUAUUACUCUGAGUGUGAUGUGUAAGUUCCAAUCCUUGCUCCAGGUGCAAGAAGACGGGAAUUGCUGUGUUAACCUUUAGGUGCGACGUUGUUGUGAGUUUGCACCGGUAGUGGCGAAUUCUCUUCUAUGGCCUACCAUGCUGCUACAUAGGCCAUGGUCUACAGUAAAAUUUGAUGUUCAAACUUAUAAACUCAAGUAAAUUUUCUUUAUCCUUGCGUUCAAUAUCAUUCAUUGAUCUCUCUAACUUGUAAUUGGACUCCGUAUUUUAUUUGAUCUGUUGCGUAUUUUUAUUAUAUUUAUUCAUAGUGAGUUAAAUAAUUCAUGAAUAGUGAAAAAAAUAAAGAAUUUUUAAAUUUUAAA